GGGUGUGUGUGUGUGUGUGCGCGCGCGCGUUGGAUGUAACACCGGCUGGAAGGCGACCUGCCGAGACAGAGGACAGUUGGGCACCGGUUGGACAUGAGCAGGGUGCCCUGACAUGGACACAGAGAUGAUUCCCAAAUUUUCGUCAAAGGAUGAGGAAGUUGAUUACUGGAAGUCACAAGCCCUCAAAUAUAAGAAAAGUUGCCAUGAUGCACAGGAGGAGCUGCAGGAGUUCCAGGAGGGCAGCCGUGAACUGGAAGCUGAGUUGGAGGCACAGCUUGGCCAGGCCGAACACCGCCUCCGAGACCUGCAGUCUGAAAACGAGAGACUGAAGAACGAAGUGGCCAACCUCAGGGAGAAGCUGGAGCAGCAGUAUGCCCAGAGUUACAAACAGAUUUCCGUGCUAGAAGAUGAUCUUGGCCAGACACGAAGCAUCAAGGAGCAGCUCCACAAAUAUGUCCGUGAGCUUGAGCAGGCGAACGACGACCUGGAGAGAGCCAAAAGGGCUACAAUUGUGUCUCUUGAGGACUUUGAGGGCCGUUUGAACCAGGCCAUUGAGAGAAAUGCCUUCCUGGAGAGUGAGCUGGAUGAGAAGGAGUCUCUUCUAGUAUCUGUGCAGCGGCUGAAAGAUGAAGCACGAGACCUGAGACAGGAGCUGGCAGUACGGGAGCGGACUACAGAUAGGAUGUCGGCACCCAGCUCACCCACCUUAGACAUCGACAAGAUAGAUUCUGCAGUACAGGCCUCUUUAUCCCUCCCAGCCACACCUGUAGGAAAGAGCAUAGAGAACCCCUUCAUCAACCCAAAAGCUUUGACCAACGGCUGUGGCAGCUCAUCCCUCACUCCCUCUGCUAGAAUCUCAGCUCUUAACAUUGUUGGUGAUCUCCUGAGGAAAGUUGGGGCCUUGGAGUCCAAACUCGCCGCCUGCAGGAACUUUGCCAAAGACCAGGCAGCGAGAAAAAAUUUCUCCACCGACAAUGGCACACUCAUCAACAGCAAUGCCACCAAAUUCUCUCACUCUCUACAUACCUCUUACUUUGACAAAACGACUGUUAAUGGAUUGGAUCCUAGCUCCUUGACCUCCAUGGCAUCAUCCAGAACUGUGUCUCCACCAGGCAUGCUGCCUCUGAGUGUGUGAGGCGUCCCCAUGCCACACAAAGCUCUAGUGAAACUCCUAUCCACCCAGGACAAUGUGGGAACAGAGAGGACACUUGAAAUACCAUUACAUUUUUUUGUGUGUGUGUGUGUGUGUGUGUGUGUGUUUGUGUGUGUGUGAGUGUGAGAGAGAGAGAGAGAGCGGGUUUGAAAGGAAGAGUGAUGUGUGCGUUGGCCUGUUUGGGAUUGUGAAUUUUUGAACUUGAUGUGUGGAAGUGAGGCUUGACUAUACAAUUAACUUGCCUCCAGUUUGCAGCUCUCAAUGCAUCUGUGAGUAGGCGCACAAUUAACUGUGCAUAUGUUCCUACCACAUACUUGCAUGUGCCUAAAGCUGUACUGUACUGUGCUUGUAUGAAUGUCAUUGCAAUGUGUUGUUCUCUAGAUGUCAACCCUGAACUGGCUGUAUUCUUAGUUCCGCUGUUCAUUUGAAAACUACUAUCCCUGACAAAAGGUCCUUAACAGACUACAGCUUCAUCUUAACCUUCUUUUUUUCCUGUAUUUUUCACUUAAAUUGCACAGUUAAACUAAUUUCAAUUUAGAAUGUAUUAUAUUUAAAAAGGGAUAUGUUCAUAUUAAUUAAUUUAUCUCACAAUAUGCUUUAAAAUGCAAUAUUUCCUAUUUGCAAUCUUCUUGCAUGUGUGCAUAUGUGAUGUGGGGCUGAAGAGGUGUUGUUGGACCCCAUAUUCAUGACUGAAGUGAAUGUUGAUCGUUCAAAGCCAUGUAGCUAUAGUGCAGUCUUUCUUCUUGUUACUGGCUACUUUCUGUAAUUAAUCUGGAAGUAGUCUCCAUGUUACAGGCUGGAAAUAUCAGCUGGUUCUGUCUUCUGGGUUAAACCUGCACUUGAACAAACCUGUCCUUGCAGGUUUCGCUUGCAGUCGAGUGUUUUCCUCUGUUGACAUCCAUUGGCAUUUUGGAGGAACAGUUUUGCCUUUUUUAAAUGUUAAAUGUAUUUUUUUUUUUUUUUUUUUUCAAGUGCUGUGACAGGCUCGUUUACCUCAUUCUGAUGUAAUGGCAAUUAUCCACGGUGGAUUCGUAACAUGAGUAGGUGAAUUUAGUUUUAUAAAGCUCCAGCUCACACAAAAGUAUAAUCAGAGAAAAACAAAACUGACUCAAGGAUCUUUUUUGAGACUGUCUGUUAACUUUGGCUGGUGUAUGUGCAUUCUUGGUAAAGUGUGGCCUUUGUGUCAUGCAGCACAUUUGCUGACUAUCACUUAAUUCGAACUUGACUCUUGGAUUGUUAGCAGGUUGAAUAUUGGCAAUGCAUUCAUUUUCCAUCCUAGAUUAUUGUCUCAAUCCACUUUGCCCACAAAUUUCUUCCUGUCAUAGAUCUUUGUGUCCCCAUCUUGACAUCUUGGAGCAUAUUGGAAGCCUUCAGUUUUCGUAGUUAUUUAAUAUGCGAUGUCACUUUGGGCACUCUAUGAGCCUGUUACUAAAGUGUGUUCUACCCUUAGUGUAUAUAGCUUGUAAGGAUGGUAAUUUUGCCUACCACAUUUGUAUAUACUGACAUUUGGCAUAAAGGCCCUAUUUAUUUCAGAUUCUGUAUGGCAUGUGUUCAGAUAAUGAGUUUUACUGUCAUACAUUGGUUAAAGCCAUUGUAUUACGUUAUCAAAUUGGCAAAAUUGUUUAAGUAAAUAAAGAUUGAGAUGAUAAUA